GCAUGCGCGGAGGCUCGGUCCCGCCCGCCCGCUUCCGCUCCUCGCCGGCUGCCUCCGGGUCGCGGCCGGCCUGCGGAGGGGCGGCGGUGGCGGCGGCUCCAUCGCCCUUCUCCCGCUGCCGCUCGGCACCGCUGAGGCCUCUCCCGGGGGUUUAAGUUCAUUUUUACCGUACAAGCUCCUCGCUGCCAUAAUGAGGCUAGUCAUUCUUGAAGAUUACGAUCAGGCAAGUGAAUGGGCAGCAAAAUACAUCUGCAAUCGUAUUAUCCAAUUCAAGCCCAGUCAAGGAAGAUAUUUCACGCUUGGUCUACCAACAGGGAGUACACCCCUGGGAUGCUACAAAAAGCUGAUAGAAUAUCACAAGAAUGGAGAUCUUUCUUUCAAAUAUGUAAAGACGUUCAACAUGGACGAAUAUGUAGGGCUUCCCAGAAAUCAUCCAGAGAGCUAUCAUUCGUAUAUGUGGAAUAACUUCUUUAAGCAUAUUGACAUAGACCCAAAUAAUGCUCAUAUCCUUGAUGGGAAUGCUCCAGACUUACAGGCAGAAUGUGAUGCAUUUGAAAAGAAAAUUGAAGAAGCAGGGGGGAUCGAUCUGUUUGUUGGAGGCAUUGGUCCAGAUGGCCACAUUGCAUUCAAUGAACCCGGAUCAAGUUUGUCUUCAAGAACAAGAUUAAAGACUUUAGCAAUGGACACCAUUUUGGCAAAUGCUAAGUACUUUGAUGGAGACUUAUCUAAAGUACCAACUAUGGCGCUAACAGUUGGUGUGGGUACAGUGAUGGAUGCUAGAGAAGUGAUGAUUCUUAUAACAGGUGCACAUAAGGCUUUUGCAUUGUACAAAGCGAUUGAAGAAGGUGUUAAUCACAUGUGGACAGUUUCUGCUUUCCAGCAGCACCCUCGUACUAUCUUUGUGUGUGAUGAAGAUGCUACUUUAGAACUAAGAGUUAAAACUGUGAAGUACUUUAAAGGUUUAAUGCAUGUGCACAAUAAACUUGUGGACCCACUGUACAGUAUGAAAGAAAACUGAAAGAAGAAUUGAAGAAGAACUCCAUGUGGGUCAACAGCAACAGUUUUAGGUAGCAGAUGAGUUCACUGCUAUGCAAUAUGUUGAAAACUGUUUAAAAUGGGGAAUCCAUGUACUGUAUUUUUUAAAAGGUCCAAUAUCUGUACAUUCACAUUCCAUCUCUAUUUGCUAUGUCAUGCAUUUUGCUUUAACAUUUGGAACUCCGUUGUUGGCUGUUACAAUAACUAAAUGGAACAGAACAAACCUGUGGGAGACUGCAUGUUACAUUUGGGGGUGGGGGUGUGGGGGGGCGCAGAGCACUUAUUUUAGCACAGCAAUGUAAUGCAUCUGUUAGAGAAAAUACUUUAUUUCUAAGAAUUUGUAACUUUGGCUCCAUUAGUGCAACUACACUUUGCAUUUGUGUUUAUAGGCAGAAUGGUUUUGGCCUUUGUUAAAUACUAUGGACUUGUAAUAGCUGUACAAUUUCUACUAUGAAAUGUUUUGUUUACAUGUAUCUAAUGCACACUGAGCUUUUGCACUUGGUUGCCUUAAAUUUAUCUUAUACAAACAGUUUUGGGGCAUCUCAAGUCCUGCUGUACAAUUCAGGCAAAUAAAAAAAAACAGUGCCUAUAAAUGCACCCAAUUGUUGAAAGUGUCAUAGCUUAUUCCAGUUUCAAACAUUAAACUUCUGUCAUAGCACUUUCUCCUCUCACGUAUUUCAACUUAACGUAGGAUUUUUCAAUUUUUCAUAAUUGAGCUUUAUCCAUAAGGAAAAAUCUAAGUGUUCCUUUCUGGAGGUACAUGUUUAACCGUAUCAGCUGUUACCAUUAACUGCCUGCAAAGAGGUUAAUUUCUAGGAACAUAAUGUCUACUAGUUUAAAUUAUCAUGUAUUAAAAUCAUUGUUAACCACUGUAAUAAUUACCUCUCAUUGUAUCACUAUAAAUAUUGAACUGCUACAAGGAAUGUUAUUUCCUACUUUGAAAAAGUAAAAUGUAAAUAUAAAGCUA